CGCCAUUCCCUCGAAAUUCCCCAAACCCUUCUCCUCCCCCAUCCCCAUCGCCAUGGACGAGAGCGAUCUCACCCUCCCCCUCUCCUCCUCCUCCUCCUCCUCCUCCUCCUCCCCCCUCCGCCGCCGACGCCUCCGCCGCGCCGGCGACGGGACAUCGGCGGCGAGAUCCGGCGAGGCUCCGCCGCCGCGGCCGAUCUCGCUGGCGACGUCGCGCGGGCCGGCCGAGGGCGUGUCGGAGAAGAGCUCCGGCGCGGGGAUCGUCGGCCUCGCCGGCGCCGGCGCCGGAGACGGAGAGGGAGAGGUGCGAGGGUUUCCGUGGUCAAAUGCGAUGCUACAGUGGCAGCGAACGGCGUUCCAUUUCCAACCGGAGAAGAAUUGGAUGAACGAUCCAAAUGGGCCCGUGUAUUACAUGGGGUGGUACCACCUCUUCUACCAGUAUAACCCGGACUCGGCCGUUUGGGGGAACAUCACGUGGGGGCACGCCGUGUCACGUGACCUGGUCCACUGGCUACACCUCCCCCUCGCCAUGGUCCCGGACCAAUGGUACGACGCCAACGGGGUCUGGACCGGGUCCGCCACCGUGCUCCCCGACGGCCGCCUCAUCAUGCUGUACACCGGGGCCACCGUGGACGCGGUCCAGGUGCAGAACCUCGCGUUCCCCGCGGACCCGUCCGACCCGCUCCUGCGCUCCUGGUCCAAGUCGGACUCCAACCCGGUACUCACCCCGCCGUCCGGAGUGGGGCCCGCAGAUUUUCGGGACCCCACCACCGCGUGGUACGAUCCUUCUGAUGACACGUGGAGGAUCGUAAUUGGAUCCAAGGACGACGACGGGCACACGGGCACUUCCAUGGUUUUCCGGACCCGCGACUUUAUCCGGUGGGAGCUCGUGCCCGGACUGCUGCACCAGGUGGCGGGCACGGGGAUGUGGGAGUGCAUCGACUUCUACCCGGUGGCGACCGGGGGGAAUGCGGCGAAACACGGCGUGGACACGGCGGCGACCGCGAACGGGGACGACGGGGUGCGCCACGUGCUGAAGGCGAGCAUGGACGACGACCGGCAUGACUACUACGCUCUCGGGCUGUACGAUGCGGCGCAGAAUGUGUGGGUGCCGGACGAGCCGGACAUGGACGUGGGGAUCGGGCUGCGGUACGACUGGGGCAAGUUCUACGCGUCAAAGACGUUCUACGACCCGGUGAAGAAGCGGCGCCUGCUCUGGGGGUGGAUCGGCGAGACCGACAGCGAGCACGCCGACAUCCUCAAGGGCUGGGCCUCCCUUCAGGCCGUCCCUCGCAGCGUUUUAUUUGAUGUAAAAACCGGAAGCAAUCUGAUUCAGUGGCCGGUCGAAGAAAUCGAAAGCUUACGGAUGAACAGGACGGACUUCAGCGGCAUCACGAUCGACACCGGGUCCUUCUUUCGCCUCAACAUUCAGAAGGCCACCCAGUUAGAUAUAGUUGCGGAGUUUGAGAUUCCGAAGGAGGCGUUGGAGGCGGUCAAUGAGGCGGACAUAGGUUACAACUGCAGCACGAGCGGUGGCGCUGCAGGGAGGGGCGCCUUGGGGCCAUUCGGACUGCUCGUGCUGGCCGACAAGAAGCUAACAGAGCAGACUGCAGUGUAUUUCUAUGUCUCGAGGAAGGCGGACGGCGGACUUAAGACUCACUUCUGCCAGGAUGAAGUCAGGUCAUCGAAGGCGAACGAUAUCGUCAAGAGAGUUGUCGGCAGCAGCGUUCCCGUGCUCGACGGUGAAACUUUGUCCCUGCGAAUACUGGUGGAUCACUCUAUAGUGGAGAGCUUUGCUCAGGGAGGGAGAUCAUGCAUCACGUCACGCGUGUACCCGACGGAGGCGAUCUACAACGCAGCAGGAGUCUACCUAUUCAACAAUGCAACUAAUGCUCCUGUUACCGCGAAAACUCUCACUGUGUGGGAGAUGAGCUCUUCUUUCAACCAACCCUACCCUGCUGAAGCUUAACAGAAAUAAAAUCACUUCUCCAAAUCUAUAUUUACUUCCCUUAUCCAAUCUCAAUCACUUUGUUUUACUUUUCUUUCUUUUUUUUUUAAUAUAUUUUUUUCUCGUCCUUCGACUGUAUUUAGUGUAAGUUUCUGAUUCGUUGGCGAGAUUCAUGUGAGUUUUUUUUUUUUUUUUUGUUUUGCGUAUAGGAAUUUUGCUGGUGCAAUAGGGCCUUGUAUGUGAAGUGUAUAGUGUUUUUGUAUUAAUCACUAUAGGGGUGGGAAAUUUUUUUUGAUAUCAUGUAAGAUUAAACCAAUCAUUUCUUAAAUAAUGCAAUUAUUAUCUUCUUUUCUCUUU